AUGUCUAAAGGAGAGGGCUCCCUGCCCGGAGGCGAAGAGAAAGGCGAGGAGCUGGUCGGAAGCCUGGCCUGGCGGUACCUGGUGAAGCAGGGGGAGGAGGGAGAGGCGCUGAAAAAGGAGGAGGAGGAGGAGGGCCCGGACGGGUGCUCAGACGACCUGAGCCCCGAGGCCUCGGGCGUGCACCCCGACCUCCUGGAGCUGGCGGUGGACCGAGAGAAGUGCCGCAGCAUCCGCCGGCAGUACCGGCAGCUCAUCUACAGUGUGCAGCAGAACCGCGAGGACAUCGUGAACACAGCCAGCGACUCGCUGACCGAGGCCCUCGAAGAGGCCAAUGUGCUGUUCGAUGGAGUGAGCAGGACCCGAGAGGCGGCCCUCGACGCCCAGUUCCUGGUGCUGGCCUCCGAUCUGGGUAAAGAAAAGGCAAAGCAGUUAAACUCGGACAUGAGCUUUUUUAAUCACGUCGUAUUCUGCGACUUACUGCUGGUGUUUGUGGGCCUGAACUGGGUAGAAGAGCAGUGUGAAGAGCUGAGCGACUGCGAUGACAGCAUCGCGCUUUCCUUCUGGGGCAUGGUGCAGAAGGAAGCAACAUCCUGGAUGCAGAGAGCCGAAACCUUCCACUUCGUUUUUGGCUCGUUUAAGGCGGAACGUUCUGCCCGAAAGCCCCGGCCGGAACAUCACAAAAGAGCUUGCAAAAUGGAAGGAAAUGGAGAUAUGCCUACAAAGUUGAGGAAGCUGGACAUGCAUGCCAAUCAGGAGACGACGGAAAAAGAAGUGGAAAGAAUCUUGGGAUUGCUGCAAACCUACUUUCAAAAGUACCCCGACACCCCGGUGUCCUAUUUUGAGUUUGUGGUUGAUCCAAACUCAUUCUCUCGCACUGUGGAGAAUAUCUUCUAUGUUUCUUUUAUUAUAAGGGAUGGCUUUGCAAGAAUAAGGCUUGACCAAGACAGACUGCCCAUAUUAGAGCCAACUAACGCUAACCAGGUGGAUGAAGAGAGUGACCCCUGUUCUUAUGGCAGGAAGCAAGGAGUCAUAUCUUUGAGUUUACAGGACUGGAAAAAUAUUGUCUCCACUUUCGAAAUCUCAGAGGCUAUGAUCAAAAACUCAUGCUGAAGAUUUUUGUUUGUAGUUGUAUGAAUGAAAACAGAAGCACACGCUAGUAAACUAUUUUCACGAAUAAAUGAAA